CGCGGCAGAUAUCAACAGAGUGCGCGCCGUGACACAGACAAGCUGCUGAUGUGUCACCUCCACAAAUGGCGCAGAAUGUAAACACUUUUUGGGGGCGUGUUCAUCGAUGACACGUGUGGAGGACGCUAGUGGUGAUAAGGACACUAGUAAGGGGGAAAAUUGGAAUCGGUUGCUUGCUGGAGAGUGUAUCAGUUCCUGGCCAGUCAGCAGCAGUGAUUGGCUCACCUCCUCUUGAGUGUCGGCCUCGGCCGGGGUGCGCUAGAUAGUAUGAGGUCGGGAUUCACACUGGUGCUGGUGACGAUUCUGCUGUUAACAGUGGGACAGCAGAUUCAAGUAGCAAGCCAACAGACUAACAGCACUCCAGGCCAGUCUACUGCAAUAGGAUCUGAGCCACUCAGUGAAGCUGAAAAAAAAGAUGACUUCCUCCUUCCAACUGCACCCACUACCACUACCACCACCACUACUUCCACCACCACCCACCACUACAACCACUAGUGUAGAGGCCACAGAGGGCCCAAAUUUAAGUGUGCGUGUUGCUAAUAUCAGUAUCAGCAGUAUUUGCAACACAACGAACAAUAAUCCAGACAAGUUAACUUCAUUCUGUCAUCUGUUCUGUGUCAAAGACGAUAAUCAGCCAGAACAAUCAGAGGAGAAAGAUGAAGGAACUGUUGUUGACACAGAGCCUGCAAAUGAAACCCAGGCUUGCCAUUCAAGUGUUGACUUGCCUGAAGUGGGGGCAGCUGAACAAGAACACCUAUCCUCAUUGUCAAUCUUCCUCAUUCUCUGUGUGCUUGCUAUGUGUGUUAUCUUGAUAUUCUUCCUGCUGAAAACAAAGUUGAAUUACCUGCCAGAAAGUGUGGCUUGUGUUAUUGUAGGUGGAAUAAUUGGACUUGCUUUAAAGGUCUUAUACAGCAAACACAUUGCAAAUUGGCAGAAAGAGGAGGCCUUCUCCCCAACUGUUUUCUUUUUGGUGAUCCUACCGCCCAUCAUAUUUGAGUCUGGGUACAAUCUUCACAAGGGUAAUUUCUUCCAAAACAUUGGGUCAAUACUGCUGUUUGCCAUUGUGGGAACAGUGAUAUCUGCACUUAUCGUGGGUGGUGGAGUGUAUCUACUUGGACAGGCUGAUGUUGUUUACAAGUUAACAUUUGUAGAGAGUUUUGCCUUUGGCUCCCUCAUAUCAGCAGUGGAUCCUGUGGCCACUCUAGCCAUCUUCCAUGCUCUCAAUGUGGACCAAGUUCUCUACAUGCUUGUAUUUGGGGAAAGCAUCCUGAAUGAUGCAGUCUCCAUUGUCCUCACCAGUACAGUCAUCGAAAUGGCAUCACCUGCGAUGGCCACCAUGGGAUCUGGAGAAGCAGCACUGUACACAAUAUGGCGAUUUUGUGUUAUGUUUUUCGCAUCAGCAGGGAUUGGAGUGGCUUUUGCCCUUCUCAGUGCUCUUCUCCUGAAGUAUGUGCCUGUCAGGGAAUAUACAUCCCUGGAACUUUGUAUCAUCAUCAUCUUCAUCUACGCUCCUUAUACCCUUGCUGAGGGGAUCCAUUUAUCAGGAAUAAUGGCAAUCCUCUUCAAUGGUAUAGUAAUGUCUCACUACACCCAUUUCAACAUGUCUCCAGUGAUGCAGAUCACUAUGCAGCACCUCAUGCGUACGCUGGCCCUCAUAGCUGAAUGUACAGUCUUCAUCUAUCUUGGACUUGCCCUAUUUAGUUUCAGACACCAGUUUCACCUUGCACUAGUGGUGUGGAGCAUUGUGCUUUGCCUAGCUGGCAGGGCUCUCAAUAUUUUCCCCCUCUCCUGGUUGGCAAAUAAGUUUCGUGAUCAUCAAAUCAAUUAUAGGAUGAUGUUCAUUAUGUGGUUCAGUGGUUUGAGAGGGGCCAUUGCCUAUGCCUUAGCUCUUCACUUAGAGUUCAGUGAUGAGAAGCGUCAUGUGAUUGUAACAACAACUCUCAUCAUUGUUCUGUUCACAAUAUUCAUCCUUGGGGGCUCAACCAUGCCACUUAUAAAGUAUCUAAAGGCAGACAAACAACAAAAGAACAGGAGAAUAAAGGAAAGAGACAAAGAGCUAACUUUGAGUAAAACUAGAGAAUGGGGUCAGGCACUGGACUCAGAACAUUUAUCAGAAUUUACUGAAGAUGAAAGUGAUAGUCCUACAGGGAAUCAGUUGAGAGGUUUCCUAAAGUUGGAUCUAUUGUACAUCCGACCCUUCCUAAUACGACGAGUCACUCAUCAAGAGGUUCGGUCCCAUGCUUAUGACCUGAAAAAACAGUGCUACCAGUCAAUCAACGUUCAGGCUUCAGAGUCAGAAGAAGAGGAAAUUUUUACUGCUCACUAAUGUACAUAAUAUGUUUCUGGUUUCAUAAAACCAUUCUGUUAAGAAGUUUAUAUGCUUUAUGUAAAUGACAAAUAUUUAUGUAAAUAGCAUGUUUAUUUUCAUUUAAAUGUAAGAAUAUCCUAACAUUCAUAUGGUAGUUCAUUUAUUAUUAGUAAAGGAAAUCUUUAAAAGUCAGGCUUAUGAUUCUUGCCAGUUUGUAAGCCCAUGAUUUGGCAUUUGUAAUAAUUUGGGACUUUUCUAGACCAAGUUAGGCUUUUAAUUGAGAUUAAAAAAAAAAUAAAGAAAGAAAUAAAGAAGGUAAAUUUUUUGAAAUAUGUGGUAACAAUGAGGAAAGUUCCUUUAGUAAUUCACUGAUAAUCUGGCAUGCUUUAAUCUGGAUUUUUGAGCCAUCCAAUUGUUUUCCUUCCCUGUUGUAUUACUAAAGCUCAAAAAAUAUAAGUGUGUGUGUGUGUGUGUGUGUGUGUGCGUGCGUGCGUGCGUGCGUGCGUGCAUGCGCGCGCGCGCACGCCCGCAUACGUACAUUGCAAUGUAAGUGGUUUAGGAUUGGCUUUUAAGUAGUCUAUCCUAGGCUUAUGUUCAAUCACCAUAAGCAAUUUAGUUCAAUAGAUGUUUUUGCUCAUACAACUUAUGCCUUCAGCCUGGAAAGUAUCAAUGCUCCUGUUUGGGAUACUGAAUUUCUUUACAUCAUUUAAGUCUCUUGUAUUUCAUGAUUUGUGAAUUUACUCUGUCUUUCAAUCUCAUACUUCUAAUAAAUACUCUUUAUCCAAUCAUUUUGGCUCUCUCUCUCUCUCUCUCUCUCUCUCUCUCUCUCUCUCUCUCUCUCUCUCUCUCUCUCUCUCUCUCUCUCUCUCUCUCUCUCUCUCUCUCUCUCUCUCUCUCUCUCUCUCUCUCUCAAUUUAUUUGUGUAUGGAAUUAGUUAAUUAACUCUAUACAAGAAGGCAUGGAAACACCCCAAUUGUGAUGCUACUACCUUUGCUCCAAAUUAAUAUUAAUCACCCUGAAAUUGGUCAUUCUUAUUUAAAUGCUCAGCAGUGCCAUAUACCAUUUAAGAUAUUUGACAUUACAUUUAGUAUCAAAAAGUUACACUUGUAAUUUUAUGUUUUAAACAUGUAUGAUUAAUCAUCCCUUCCUCUCAAUGAUUUUUGUAAAAAUGUGAGAAGUUACAAGUAAUAUGAAGUAUUUUACCCAAACCCCACAAAGUUUAAUAAUUGCAUGAUUCUACUAUAGAAUGAUACAGGAGACAAAGUUAAUAUAUGUUUAAUUUCUUACUAAGAAAUUCAUGCAUGAAAAUUAUUUGGGAGAACCUUUUCACAGUAUAAUAUGUACUCAUGUUCAUAUUUUGAUACUAAAGUACAUCAGAAAUUAUCAGAUGUGCACAGAAAUUUAAAUAAAACAUAAUACAAUAUGUUUUUUCAAAUACUAUUAAAGAUAACUGUAUUCAUUAUCUUACUUUUUUUCAAAUAUGUUUAACACCUGGUCAGAUAAGUAUUUUCAUCAACUUCAAUUUUAAAGUUUAAAAUCAAAAUCCAGUGCAAUAAACUUUGUAGAUGUAUUUCUGUGUCAUAUAUAUAUAUAUAUAUAUAUAUAUAUAUAUAUAUAUAUAUAUAUAUAUAUAUAUUGGUGUAUUUAUGUGUUUACUUAUAUUGUUUUUGUGGAAUUUGUAGUAUUAUGUUCAUAUCAAUGAGAUGAUUGCUGUAGAUCAUGACAGUUUUUUUCUCUUAUUUGUAUAACAUAUUUAAAAACAGUAAAACUUUCUUGUAUUACCACAAACAUAGCUAAGCAAAGGAUCACAGAAGCUACUGCUGUAUCCACCAAAAUGCAAAUACCAAUGACUUUUUAAAGAUCAUGUAUAUUCCAGUUCAAAAGAUGCCACAUAGAGGUAGGCCGAUUAGUAUGAGAGAAAUGAGAAGAUUUAGAGGUAGGCCGAUUAGUAUGAGAGAAAUGAGAAGAUUGAUACAUAGUUCUGUGAAGAAAAAUCACAGACAUAAAUCUCCCUGUUACAUGCCUACCCAAUUGUGUGAUAUGUGCAAACAUAGCUUGUAGGUCAGAUGACAACUAAUUCUAAAAAGUUCAGCCAGUAAGAACAGAUAUAGGAUUUUUCUUUAUUAAGUAAAAACAUCGCACAUCCAGUGAGUGAAGACAGACUGGCAUGGCUAACAAGAAGCACUGGAUGUGUGAUGACAGACUAGCAUGGCUGACAAGAAGCAUGAGACCAGGUUGUCAUACUUUUGCAUUUUGAUAAUAUAGGUUUUGUUGAGUCUAGGAUAGAGGCUGGUGGAUUUUUUAAAAUUAGCAAAGCAUAAUUCAUAAGUCAUCCUGAAUUAAUAACAAUCUGCAGUGCUUUCAGUCAUAUUAGAUACCAAAAUAUUAAAGAACAGUGUUAUUGCAAGCUUUUGUACAUUAUUUUCAUUGUUAGCAAAUAAGAAAUCAAAAUUUACAAAACUUACAUGCACUUGGACUGACCCAUAUUAAAUCCCAGAUAUUCCUUUGUAAUUCCAAAUAGCAUGUGUUUUUAAUGUUCAUAAAAUAUUGUUUCAAAGAUAAAACAACAGUUGUCUACUGAUGUCCUCAGGCCCAAAUAAGUAUUAUUGAUUUUUUGUACUGAUACUCAUAAUUUGAAAGAUACCAGACUGACAAAAUGAGAUAUUGUGGAUUUUUAUUGAUAUAGAUUUUAUAAUAUUAAAAUCAAGAAGACAUUAUAUCUUGUCACAGCUACCUCCCUUUACAGGAGAUUCCAUCAGCUACACAGAAAGAAAAUAAUCAAACUAGCUGAUGUUCAGUAUUGUUUGGACUUUGAGAUAAUGUUAUGUAAGUAUAUACUUCAUUAUGUUUCCUUUUUGUGCAAUGUGCCUUUUUUGCACAUCCAAGUGCCAUCCAAGGAAGAAGCAACUAAAAAGAAAGGAAGAACAUAUUUAUAGAAUUAAAAAAAAAUGCUUCUUUCUUGAUUCAUGGAAAGAAAAAGUACAGUACCUGAUGAAGAGUUCUGAGCUCUCUACCACUCCGUGGAGAUGUAUUAUAAAAUUGGGUUUCAAUAGCAGAGCAUUUCUUCCCUUUAAGAAUCAAACUCCAGUCUCCUGGAUAAGUAAUUGGAUCCAUAUAUCUUUGUGAACAGACAUUAAUAUAUUACAGAUUAAUGAGUAAAGAUCUCAUUAAAUAUUCACAAAUAUUUGAUUUUGUUUUAGAUUAGAAACAAACUUUUCUUUACAGUAAUGCCAAAUACAAAAUUGUUUAAUAUUCAUUAUAUAUAUAAUUAAUUAUGUGUUAUGUAAUUUUGUAAUCAAUCUCACUUUUGCCCAUUAAUUGGCAUUUUAGACCAUAAUAAAAGACCAAAACUCUAACAUACGCAAAUCAAAAGUAAGAUAGUAAACCACUGUAUUUCAUACAACAUCCAGUGCAACAUUGGUCCAUCUUUUGUUGUUUUGAUGUUAAGUACCGUGUGAGAUGGGCUGCACUAUAAUGUACUGUAUGUAUGUCAUGAAAAAUUCUUAUACUUUGAUACCGUAGAAGAAAGAAUGUUAAUAAAUUUUAACUCGUAUGCAAUAGAAAAAAAUAAACUACAAUAAGGGAAAUAUAAACCUACAAAACGAUGGCCAAUUAUAUAUAUAUAUAUAUAUAUAUAUAUAUAUAUAUAUAUAUAUAUAUAUAUAUAUAUAUAUAUAUAUAUAUAUAUAUAUAUAUAUAUAUAUAUAGUUUUGUGUGUGUGUGCGUGUGUGUGUGUGUGUGUGUGUGUGUGUGUGUGUGUGAUAUUUGCAUUAUAAAAUGGUCUUCUGAAAGGUUGUCUAGGUGAUUUUUAAAUGGGGAAAAAAAAAAAAACUCAAAAAAAGAAUUUAUUUGGAACCUAUUUGUUCACUUUACUGCAAUGUUGUGCUUAAGGUUAUGACUGUACACUAUACUGAAGCAACAGAGUUGAUGAUAAAAGUGGUUGUGAAUAAUCUUUUUUGAUAAUCACUUUAAAAUUCUAAAAAUGGAAAGCAGUACCACAAGUACGGAUAAAUAAAAUAUAAUUUCUUAAUUGA